AUGGAAGGAAUACAAUCUGUGGGAGGAGUACUUUCAUUACUCGAUGAAAAAGAAACAGAUCUCCAAAUCCAUGCUUUAAAGAAACUUAAUGAGUUAAUGGAUAACUUUUGGCAUGAAAUAGCAGAUGAAAUAUCCAAAAUCGAAACACUUUAUGAGGAUGAAAAAUUUCCAAAACGCCAAUUGGCAGCUCUUGUUGCUUCAAAAGUAUACUAUCACUUGGGGGAGUAUAAUGAAUCGGCAAUAUUUGCUUUAGGGGCAAAAGAAUGGUUUGAUCUUUCAUCAUCAUCAGAAUAUGUUGAAACGAUUAUUUCAAAAUUUAUUGAUACAUAUAUUGAGAAAAAUUUCCAAAAAUAUGAAGAUUCUAAAACCAUGAUAGAUGAAAGAUUGAUUACUAUUGCGGAAAAAAUGUUUCAACGAUAUUUAGACAAUAAACAAUGGAAACAAGUUCUCGGAAUUGCAUUAGAAGCACGAAAACUUGAUAUUAUCGAAGAAGUUAUCAACAAAAACCAAGACGAGCCUUUAAAAAAUUAUCUUCUAGAUGUUAGUAUAAAUCUUGUUCAAAAUUUGGACUUUAGAAACAAAGUUUUAAGUCUUUUACUUGAUCUAUUUUUAAAAGAUAAACAACCAGAUUAUUUUUCAGUUAUUAAAUGUGUUGUUCACCUGAGAAAUAGUGAUAUUGCAGCAAAAAUCCUACAAAAUCUUAUUUUAAAAAAUGACGAGAAAAAUUUACUCAUUGCAUACCAAAUAGCAUUUGAUUUAAAUGAUUCCGCUACGCAAGAGUUUUUACAAAAAGUUUCUCAAAAUUUUCAACUUUUAUUAAAAGAAUCAGAGGAUGAAAAUGACAUGAACAAAGAUCUAAAAGAUACUAUAGCAUCAAGAAUAAAAUCUAUUCUUGAGGGAGAAGAAUCAGUUAAACUUUAUAUGAAAUUUUUAUCUCAAAAUAAUCAUGCUGAUAAUCAAAUACUAGUAAAGACAAAAGAUUCUCUCGAUGCAAGAAAUUCUAUUUUUCACUCUUCUAUAACGUUUUCAGUAGCCUUUAUGAAUGCAGGAACAACAUCGGAUAAAUUUUUUAGACAAAAUCUCGAUUGGCUCUCUAAAGCACUCAAUUGGUCAAAAUUUAGUGCUACAGCAGCGUUAGGUGUAAUUCAUCGAGGCGAUUUAUCACAGGGAUUUUCUCUUUUAUCACCUUAUCUCCCACAGGAAGGCAUGUCCGGGUCUCCAUAUUCUGAAGGUGGAUCAUUAUUUGCUUUAGGUCUUAUUCAUGCUAAUCAUGGAAAAUCUGUACUUCAUUAUCUAAGAACUCAAUUAAAGAAUACUCAAAGUGAAAUUAUUCAGCACGGUGCAGCUUUAGGACUAGGAGUUGCUGGGAUGGCCACAGGAGAUGAAGAAAUAUACGAAGACCUUAAAAAUGUAUUAUUUACUGACAAUGCUGUAGCAGGGGAAGCUGCUGGCUUAGCAAUGGGCCUUGUAAUGCUUGGAACUGCAUCUCCUAGAGCCAUUGAUGAAAUGUUGCAAUACGCUCAUGAGACUCAGCAUAAGAAGAUAAUUCGUGGUCUUGCAUUGGGGAUUGCAAUGCUUAUGUAUGCCAAAGAAGAAACAGCUGAUGUUCUUAUUGAUCAACUUUGCUCAGACCUAGACCCUAUUUUGCGCUAUGGUGGUAUUUAUACUAUUGCAAUGGCUUAUUGUGGGACAGAAAAUAACAAAGCUAUUAAAAGACUACUUCAUACUGCGGUUAGUGAUGUUAAUGACGACGUUAAAAGGGCAUCAGUUAUUUCCCUUGGAUUUAUUCUAUUAAGAAAUUCGUUUACUUUACCAAGAAUGGUUGAAUUAUUAAGUGAAAGCUAUAAUCCUCAUGUAAGAUAUGGCGCAGCUCUUUCACUUGGAAUUGCCUGUGCCGGGAGUUCUAUGCAAGAUGCCCUUGAUAUUUUAGAACCUUUAUCAAAAGAUCCAUCGGAUUUUGUUCGUCAAAGUGCUCACAUAUCUACGGCUAUGAUAUUAAUACAACAUAAUGAUCAAUCGAAUUCUAGAGUUGUUAAUUUCAGAAAAAAGCUGGAAAAAAUUAUUUCUGAUAAACAUGAAGAUGCUAUGGCCAAAUUUGGAGCAGCACUUGCACAAGGAAUAUUAGAUGCAGGUGGAAGAAAUGUUACUAUAGGUCUGCAGUCUACUAUUGGUAGUUUAAAUAUGAUAGCUAUUGCGGGAACCGCCAUUUUUACUCAAUUUUGGUACUGGUUUCCUUUAACACAUUUUCUUUCUCUUUCUUUUACUCCUACCGCUUUAAUUGGGCUAAAUAAAGAUUUAAAAAUUCCAAAAUUCGAAUUUAUAUCAAAUGCAAAACCGAGUUUAUUUGCUUAUCCUCCUGAAACUAAAAAAGAGACAGAUAAAGGCCCAGGAAAAGUUGCUACCGCAGUUUUAUCAACAACAGCUAAGGCUCAGGCUAGAGCUAAAAAAACAGAGAAAGAAAAAAUCUCUAAAGAAAACGAUGACGAUACAAUGGAAAUGGAUACUAAUUUUUAUGAUAUUUUAGAAUCCAUGCCAGAAAAUAUGGAUACAGAAGAAAUAAAAGAGAUUAAAGAUGAUAAUAUUAAUGAAAAAAAUAUAAUAAAAAAAGACGAACCAUUAUUUGAAAUAAUGCAAAAUAUGAGUAGAGUAACACCCUUUCAACUUAAAUACAUUUCAUUUAAAAAUAAUUCACGUUAUAUACCAGUAAAAAAACCAACUGGUGGAAUAUUAAUGAUGAUGAAUAAAUAUCCAGAUGAACCUGAGGUUUUCAUUGAUUCUGCUCUUGAGGAUAUAUCAGGCGAAGAACAAGAAUUAGAAGCAGAUCCACCCGAACCUUUUGAGUAUAGCGGUUUUAAAAAUUAG